CCCACAGAGCCUUCCUGUGGCCGAUAUUCUACAAUCCUAAUUCCCCUACACGCUUUUUCCUCAGGCCAAUCGUCACCAUGGCCAAAAGCCAGGCGUUGCAGACGAACAUGGACGUCGAGUACGUCCUGAUAUACCGCUUCGCGAAGACAGACAAGGCGACUGCCAUUGCGAAAUUUGAGCAGCUUGUGCAGGCUCUUGCGUCCGUUGGACUGGCCACUGAGGUCAGAAACGGAGAAAAGCACUCACUCUUGCUCUUCGUCCGGGUUGCUUCCGAGGAGCACUUGUUUGGAGAGGUUUACAGAUCAAGAGUCCGAGACUGGGUACAUGGCGUACGAGCUGCUGCGCCUCCCAAGGAAACCCGCGAAGCUCUCGAGAACGAACCCCUAUACGAAGCUGAACGUCUUCGAAUCAUUUACCAACUCAUCACAAACCCUGUCUCGGAAGGAGGCGCAGGCAUCACGCCAAAGGAGGACGGCUGGAAGGAAGUAGAGUCCAUAUUCGCUCUUCAUGACCAUGAGUACAAUAAGGACUGGAUCAAGAAGUGGAGCACCUCGUACUUCCUGACGACGGAAGACUUGGACGACAUUAGAAACCGUCUUGGAGAGAAGAUUGCUUUCUACUUCGCGUUCACUCAGUCCUACUUUACCUUCCUCGUCUUUCCAGCUGUCUUUGGAUUCUCGGCUUGGCUGCUACUCGGUCACUUUUCCGCCUUCUAUGCCAUUGUCAACGCCGUAUGGUGCUGCGUCUUCACUGAAUACUGGAAACAUCAGGAAGUUGAUCUAAGUGUGCGAUGGGGUGUUCGGGGCGUCUCUCGCAUUGAGGUUAAGAGACAAGAAUUCGCGCACGAGAAGGAGAUCACCGAUCCAGUCACUGGCGAAACCGUGCAGAUGUUUCCAGCUACGAAGAGACUGCAGCGGCAGCUUCUGCAACUGCCUUUUGCGUUGGCAGCUGCAGCAAUUCUCGGGAGUCUUAUCGCCACUUGCUUCGGAAUUGAGGUCUUCAUUUCAGAAGUCUACGAUGGACCUCUCAAAAGCCUCUUGGUAUUCCUACCGACGGGGAUCUUGACCAUUUUUAUGCCAAUCCUCCAAGGCAUCCUUACCACAUUCGCUACCCGCCUGACGGAGUUCGAGAAUUACGAAACCCAUGCUGCGUACGAGGUAGCGCUGACGCAGAAGAUCUUUGUGUUGAACUUCAUCACCUCUUAUCUCCCUAUCCUUCUGACAGCGUUUGUUUACGUUCCGUUCGGCACAAUCAUUGUGCCAUACCUGGAUGUCUUCAGCCUGGCAGUGAAACCGUUUGCCGAGAACGAAAAGCAACUCGAGACGCCUGCUGCAUUUGCCAUCAACCCCUCAAGACUUCGAAAGCAGGUCAUCUACUUCACAGUGACUGCCCAGAUCGUCAAUCUAGGUAUGGAGGUCAUCGUACCAUAUCUCAAGCGCCAGGGUUUCUCCAAGUACAAGAAGAUGCAAAGUGAGAGGGCUGCCAAGAACGGUGGGACUGCCCCUGAUCCAUCUCUGAAUGACACGCCUGAGGAAGCUGCAUUUUUGUCUCGUGUACGCAACGAAGCAGAGCUGGGCGUUUACGAUGUCACAACAGACCUUAGAGAAAUGGUUCUCCAAUUUGGCUAUCUAUCCCUCUUCAGCGUUGUUUGGCCCUUGACCGCCGUCUCAUUCAUCAUCAACGACUGGAUGGAGCUCCGCGCAGACGCUAUCAAAAUUUGCAUCGAAAUGCAGCGCCCCAUCCCCUUCCGCGCCGACACAAUUGGUCCCUGGCUCGAUAGCCUCAGCUUCCUGACCUGGUUCGGCAGCAUCACGACCUCAGCCCUCGUCUAUCUCUUCAGCAACGACGGUCUCGGCCCGGACGGCUCCCCGUCUUCCAUCAAAGCCUGGGCCCUCCUCCUCUCCAUAUUCCUCUCUGAGCAUGCGUUCCUCGUCCUCCGCUGGGGCGUGCGUGUCGCUAUCUCCAAGCUCGACUCCCCGGGACGCCAGAAGGAACGCCGCGAGCGCUUCAUGGUGCGCAAGCGCUACUUUGAGGAGAACCUGAGUGAGAUGAGCAAGCUCCCCAAGAUGGCGGAGGCGGGCGGUAACAUCGAUCGUGAGAGCUUGGAGGAGGAUGCGAGGAGGUCUAGCUUGAAGACUGCCACGCCUGAAGAUAGAUUUUGGCUGAGGCAGCGAGGCUGGAAGGAGACGACGCAGGUCGGGAAGGGGUAUAUUGAGAAAGCAGUAGUAGAUGAUGCUGCUUCGGAGACGAAGAAGGAGUUAUAAGGGGGCGGGUUGGAUUGAGGGCGCAACUCGAACAUGAGGGUAUGAGGACAUGAGUUACGAAGCGUCGGAUAGGCUUGGGGUACGUCGAGGGCGUUCCUAUUCCGUCGGUACUUUGGUAGUCC